UCGAUCACCAGAUGGAAUGCAUAUGAUGGCCCUGUUUGUAAAUUUCUUUCAAUAUUUACCAACUCCUAAAUUCGAUACUAAUAACAAACCCCUGUUGAUUGAGAAGGUGCUCCUAUCAAUUUUAGAGAAGUUAUUCUCCAAGUUUCUGAACUUUCCUGAUGUAAAUAGGAGGUUGAGGAAGAUCAUCUCCAUCCUCUCAAGCGACCAGCCUCCCUGCCCUCAGCUGUAUCUGUACAGCACAACUGACAAUGUCAUUCCAGCUAGGUCAGCAGAGUCUUUUAUUCAGGAGCAGAAGAAAUCUGGGAGAAAGGUGAAACCGAAUGCAAUGGUUAAGGACACAACUUUCUUGGGGGCAUCGCUCUCUGAUCAUCUCAAACCUGACUUUAAUCCUUUUAUCAUGAAGAAACCCCAAACUGAAACUAAUACAAAAUUGGAUUACUCCCAUCUUGUAGCUAGCAGGCCAGAGCUACCUGUUGAGGUUGCAAGGCCUACUACGCACAAUUCGAAUGGAGAAUGCUAGUAGAGGCAAUGAUGACGUUGGCCUGGAAGCAGCAGAAGAUGGACGAGCAGUGUUAUCUCAAGGUCUGCUAAGCACGACGGCACGGGUGAUGACGGGCGCGACCAUGACUUUGUAUUAUUUGUGGAACCUAAUGUUGUGUAACAGUUUGAUUGAGUUAAACUUUAAAUAGACUGUUGUUAACUGUUUUGUUGGUA